GCUGACAACGGACUUGUCUCAAAGGGGACUUGAAGUGUGUUUUACAGCCAACUAGACCUCACAGACAUGUAACCUCCCGGAACCUGGUCCCGUUAAAUGCGUGCUUGUAGGCGUAUUAUUCUUUAUAUUUCCUAUUUAACCUCAUUUGAUAUCACAUCUGACUCCGUACUAUCUUUCUUGUACACAGGGCUACUCUUGUAGGAUUAAUUAGGUUAUUAUAAAGUUAUUAUUUGGGACCUUGCAUGGUGCUGCUGUCUGAGGCAAUUCAGCAUCCACUGUGUUUUCUUCCAUACAGGCAAAAAAACAGCUUGAAGGAGUUUGGUAGGAAAUAAGGAAACGCACGCGGUCAGCUGACACCCACUGCUGACCACCGGCUUCACUCAAAAGGCGAGGGGGAGCCCGCCGGGUGCAGACGCGCAAAGAUCAUGGCCUCCAAUGCAGCCAAGAUCGCCUCCGACAAACGCUUCCUCAUCUUCUUUGACUUUGAUGAGACCAUCGUGGAUGAAAGCAGCGACGACGUAGUGGUGCAGACCGCCCCGGGUCAGCACCUUCCGGCCUGGCUGAAGGACACGUACCAACCUGGCCGCUACAACGAGUACAUGCAGCGCGUGCUGGCCUACCUGUCGGAGCAGGGCGUCACCGAGAGCGACAUCCGCGGCUCCAUGGAGAAGAUACCGGCCACCCCCGGCAUGCUCACCCUCUUCCAGUUCCUCCGCACUCGACCACCGCAGGACUUCGAGGUGGUGCUGUUGUCUGACUCCAACGCCUUCUUCAUCGAGUCCUGGCUCCGACGCGCCGGGGCCCGCCAGCUCUUCCACCGGAUCUUCAGCAACCCGGCCACCUUCAACAGGGACGGGCGGCUGGUGAUGCGGCCCUUCCACUCCCACGACUGCGUGCGGUGCCCCAACAACAUGUGCAAGCAGGUGGUCGUCAGGGAAUACGUGGCCCGCAGGACGCAGGAGCGGGGCCGCCCGUACCAACGGGUCUUCUACGUGGGGGACGGAGCCAACGAUUUCUGCCCGGUGCUGUCCCUCGGGCCCCGGGACGUGGCUUUCCCGCGGCGGGACUUCCCCAUGCACCGGCUGAUCACGGAGAUCCAUGAAGCCAUGCCAGGGGAGUUCAAGGCGGUCACGGUGCCGUGGAGCAGCGGGGAGGAUGUGGUGCAGAGGCUGAGGAAGCUGGUGGCAGAGUAGAGGGUCACACACAGAGAGGGGAGAGAGGAGCAUUAAGGGGCCAGUUGACACAUUUUGUCAAAUUCUCAGGUUAAAUAGUCCCACAAACUAAUGUUAAGGCAAUUAAACCAUUUGUAUUGUCUGUAGAAAUAAAUAGUGUCUGUCUGGCGUCCAGUUUACACGUGCCUUAGUCCAGCCUCUCACGCUUUAGUCCGGAGGUCACUCUCAGGACAGAGGGACCAUAAUCAUCAGCAGGUUAAUGAUUGUGGAGACCUGCCGCUAUCUCCAAACGACAGGAAAUCAAUGACAUAUCAGUGCUUUCUUUUAAAGAUUUAGAAGUACAGUAAUUUAUAACUUUAACGUUUGGGGGUGGGCCUAUUUGCAUAAUAAAUAAUCUACACUUGUAUGGGAUAUGGUGCUUUAAAAUGUUAAACGGGAUCAGUAUAGGUCCACUUUAGUAGCAAUAUUUAAAAAUGUUAGAUAUUUAUAACAACCAAGAAACGGGGUGCUCUUUUAUAACAAGUGUGAUUCACUAUUUCAAAUAUUACAUUUCAGCCUCGAUAAAGUAAAUCUAAGUAGCACUGCUCUGUGAAGGGCAUUUCAACAGAUCUACAAGAUGACCACACAAUGUUUUUAGACAAUGUGCUUCUCACAUAUAUGUCUGAUUUAGAAAUGUAUGACGAUGUGUUUGUUUAACUUGUUUGUCAGUCUGUUGUAUCUUUACUGUACUGAAGACAAUAUGUAAUCCAGCAGGAAUAAAGCCAUCAACUGAAACCCUACUGUGUCUGCAUGUAUUAUCAAACCUCAUCAACAUCCAAGUGGAAUAAUUUCCCCCCCCGAAUACAUACAUCCAUCUUUACCAUAGAAAUGCCACAUUUCAUAUUUAAUAGUUGAACAUCAGUUGGCCUACUUGUUUUAUGCUUCACUUCUCUAAAAUGUUUGGCACAUUUAGUUCUUGGCACACCAAUCGUGCACACACCACAAAUCAACUCUGCGUAGGUUAACAUUGGUUGAAGUCCCACGUAGGUGAGUGUAAUAGAACAAAAGUUUUGAAAUCAAAGCUACCCAAGUAAUUCUUAUAAAGUCAAAGAUUUCCCCAACAUUGAAGUACUAUAGUUUUCUGAGGGUUAAAUAAUUGUUUUAGUAAGCUAUUUACCAUUAGUUCUAAUGGAAAAGUUUAUUCUUCUAAAAAUGAAACUGCAUUAAUUAUCUAAAAAGUAUAGUUUCUUCAGUAUUUUAAUAUUCAUAAAUAAUUGAUUUUACAUACAUUUUACAUUCAUUAAUUUUAGAAAAAAAGUCCUGGAGUAGGACUCAUUCAGUUGAACUGUUUAAAGUAAAGCCCAUUGUAAACCAUUAUAUAGGUCUCUACUGGUUAAUCUGAGUAGACAUGUUAAUAUUUAUUUAGUAAUAAACCGUUAACAAACACGCACAGGCCUGUAUUUAUCAGGAUAUUGGAUUUUAUGACAAACUGAAAUUGAUAAAUAUAA